CUCCUCCCAUGAAGCCAACACUUCGCCAACCCUUUCACCUUUUUCCCCUGCUUUCACACACUAUUCCGCCAAGCAAUCACUUCCCCAAUUCCUCCCUGCCUCCUUUCUUUCCCCAUGCCAUGCCUCCCCUCGCUUUCCUCCCAUGCCUCAGCUCUGUUUUCCCACUUGUCUCCCCUCUGCUUCCCCCCUUACUCCCCCCUGUUGA